UACUUUUACACCUUUUAACAAAGCCUAAAUGAAGCUGCAGCUAGUAACACAAUAUAGUAUUUUUCUAUGAAAUUCAAGCAAGACCUGUUCCCCAAAAGCUUCUCUCCCUCACCAUCGAAAGUUGUGAAGUAAGAAAGGUCUUCCUUUUGCGAGAUCCAAUCCCACCAUUAACAUACUGAGAAAAAAGUGGAAUAUGGCUUCAUCUUCUUCAUCGUUGUCGAAUUCUCCGUGUGCGGCUUGUAAGUUUUUAAGACGGAAAUGUCAGCCGGAGUGUGUUUUCGCGCCGUAUUUUCCGCCAGACCAGCCACAAAAGUUCGUGAAUGUUCACAAGGUGUUCGGUGCUAGCAACGUUACGAAGCUACUCAACGAGCUGCACCCGUCGCAACGGGAGGACGCGGUUAAUUCGCUGGCGUAUGAGGCGGAUAUGCGGCUGAGAGACCCCGUUUACGGUUGCGUUGGGGUUAUAUCCCUCCUCCAGCACCAACUCCGGCAACUGCAAAUGGAUCUCAGCUGUGCUAAGUCCGAACUGUCAAAGUACCAGAGCUUGGGUAUAACGGGACACGCUGGUCUCAUAGCGGCAGCAGCGGCUGCUACGGCUACGACCCAUCAGAACUUAGGGAUCAAUCUGAUCGGUAGCGGCGGCGGUGGUGGAGGAGGAGGACGGGAACAUCAUUUCCACCACCAUCAAUUCUUCCCCAGGGAUCAUCACCAUCACCAUCAACAACAGAUGUUAAUGAGCUUCGAUGCUGGCAGUAACUGUGACGCAAAUCUCCUCGCCAUGAACGUCUCUUCAGGGAUCGGUCAACUCAGUCAGUUCCAAUCACCUCGUGCAGCGGCCGGUGAUGACCGCCGUACCAUUCACCCCUCUUAGGGUUAGGGUUUCAUUACUCCUAAAUCAUCAUAGCCACUCACAGGUCAGGGUGUUGAAUUUCAACCAAAGAUUCAGCGUUGAGAGACUGCCGUUUUAUUUUAAUUAUUAUUAAAAUUAAUAAUAAUAAUUAAAAUAGGGUCUCCUCUCUCUUCUGUUUUGCUUUUGGUAGACAUAAAUAUAUAUAUAUUAUUAAAAUAGACUUUUUUUUUUCUUAAUUUAGCUUUAAAUUUUAAUUUAUCAUCAUCAUCAUAAUGUUAUAUAUAUAUUUGAGCUGCUAAAAAUUGUACCCCAAUAACACCAUUGGGGCUUUUGCCU